CUUACAUUAUUCCUUGAUUCUAAUGCUUUAAAUCUUCUACUUCUUGUUAUACAUAAGUGGAUUUGGAAUUCAAUUCUUUCUUAAUUAUCUGUUGAUCACUUUUAACAAGAUUCCAUGGCUUCUUCCUCCAGCAAUAUUGAUGAAGAGGGAAUUGAGAAGCAAGAGCCAACCCCUUUGGAAAAGCAUGUUAUGUUCUUUGAUAUUAACAAGGAUGGUGUUAUUUACCCAUGGGAAACUUAUAAAGGUUUCAGGAAAAUUGGAAGUGGCGUUCUCCUCUCAACCGUUGCUUCAAUUUUCAUUAAUAUUAGUCUUAGUGGCAAAACUCGACCAGGGAAGUGGCCGUCUCCACUGUUUCCCAUUGAAGUGAAGAACAUCAAAUUUGCCAAGCAUGGCAGUGAUAGUGAUAUCUACGACACCGAAGGAAGGUUCGUUCCUGAAAAAUUUGAGGAGUUAUUCAAGAAGCAUGCACGAACAAAUGGCAACGCCUUAACUGCCGGCGAGUUGGAUGAACUGCUCAAGGCAAACAAGCAACCGAAGGACUUUGCUGGGCACAUUGCUGCUAAAUCUGAGUGGAAGGUGCUGUAUCUCCUUUGCAAAGAUGAACAUGGCUUGUUGCCCAAAGACACAGUUAGGAGUGUUUAUGACGGUAGCCUUUUUGAACUAAUGGCCAAGGCAAAAAAAUCCAAGAAACACGGGGAUAAAUCAAGUCCUUAAAAGGUGCAACAACUGUUUUCUACUUGUGCGUUUGACAGAACGAGUACACUCUGUAUUUAUAGAAUUAUACAUAUCUGAGAAUCAAUACCUGUGAAUAUAGCACUAAAGCUCGUUGAAAUCAAGACUUGUUUAGUUCGAUAUGAUAUUUAUUUAUUUCUUUGUGGAAAACAGAAAUACAAAUUAACUUCUUUUAUUCUCCGUUGUGUAUUACUUUUUCUUCUUUCGGUU